GUAGGUUCUUGGGCUGAAGCUGAUAAAAAUAGACGAGUAAGGCCCUGUGGGUCUGCCAAAUGGGCUGGGAGCAGGCGUGCAAUAGAAUGAGUAGUUAAUAGGCAUCGAGUUUCCUUUGGGCUGUAUUGUCUUCCGCAAAGAGCUGUUGCUCUUUGUUAUGUACCUGCAUGGCUGGGUGCAGUGAUUGUUGUGUGGGGGCUGUGGUCGCAUGGUCAUGGACCCAUGGUUAUUCCGCCCCCCAGUUUUGGUGGGAGAACGUGUUGUGUGGCUUGGAAGUGGAUCAGGGCUGCCUCAGGGUGGUGUGGUACGAUGGAUAGGAAAAUUACCAGAGAUGGGUCCUGACUGGACUGUAGGUUUACAACUGGACAAUCCUCUUCCAUAUGGAGGAAUUGAUGGAACAUGGGGAAAUCGCCAUCUUUUCACUUGCGAACCCAAACAUGGAUUGAUUGUGCCCAUCACCAAGACUGUAAGGGAAGCAGAUUUGUUGAGCUGGCCUUUCAACUCUCACGUUCAUAUCAAUAUCGGCCACGCGGCAUCGACGCGGCGGAUAGCGUCUGCUGAGGCGGCUUGGGCGGGAGCGGCGGCAGGGAGACCGGCUCCCGCGCGAUCAGCGCCACCUACACCUUGCCGUCACCCCAAUCAGCUCUCUUCAAACGCAAGACAAACGGUUUGCAGGAAACGGAUCUCUUCACGAUACGAAGACUAAAAGGCUGGCGCUCAAUCACAAAAUUCCUCAGAGCUGGGCACAUGCAGUACCACGGUUUUUUUUUUUUUCUGAAAAGUUUCAUUUGCAAAUAUUGUAAAUUCCGAGAGUUGAAGACUGUACUACAUAGUAAGUAAUUUAUUAGUUAUUAGUGCUUUUAAUA